AUGAGCGCCGAACAGCGCCAAGCCACUACCGCCAGCGGCAAAUCAAAACGACGAUGGACCGAUCCAGAAGAAGAUGGGAAGGCAACGGGGGAACCAAAGCGUCAGCGAGUCUCACGGGCUUGCGACAGUUGUCGCUCGAAAAAGGACAAAUGCGAUGGGAAACAACCAGUAUGCUCGACCUGUGCGUCGCUCUGUCGGCCGUGUACCUACAAAGCCAAUCCUAAGAAGCGAGGCUUGCCCACCGGCUACAUUCGAUCAUUGGAAUUGCUUUGGGGGCUGGUAUUCCAAAGGAUUCAGGGUAGUGAGGAUGUGAUGCGAGCCUUGAUGCGAUCGAUAAACCUUCCGAGUCACUUGGCCUCGAUGGGCAAGGAAGCCGAGGGAUCCGAUGCUUUGCUAGCUUCCUUCAAGAACAGCACAGUGCUUAGAGACAUCGAGCGCAUUCUAGUAGUAUUGGAACAACCGGAAGAGGAGAGGGAACGCAGUCUGCAGGCAUACGGCGAGGGAGAAACCCCUCUCGAUGUCGAUGCUAUUCUUUCCUCAGCUGAAGCCCAGGAAUGGCAGCUCCCGGAAGGUCUCGAGGCUCGCGAGACACCAUUGCUGGGGGUAUCACCGACCCGAACGGCGAUGGGCAUCUCUCCUAUGAAAAAUCCUCCAAGGCCUACUAGAGACAGUGGUAUGCAAACCACUCCAACACCCGAUUUACCAUCACCCUCUUUUGCCCUUCCACUAAAUUCCGACGACCCCCGAUCGCUGUCAAUAAAAUCCCCCCUACAACUCCCCUACAAUGCCUGGCCUCUUUUCGACGUCUACUUCUCUUACACACAAUGCUGGUUCCCCAUUUUGGAAAAACACGACAUUCUCCGUACCGCUUUCCAAUACACAGAAGGCGAUGUAUUUGUCUCACGUUUCGCCCCGGGAUCUGGUGAGCACGCGGCUCUGUGGGCCGUUCUCACCCUCGCGUCGCUCCAAGACGCAUCGAUCGCCGCCACUCGGCAAAUAGACGAGCAGCCGAGAGACCAACUCAAUCCUUCGCAAAUGUAUAAUAUCGCCCGACAGUUAAUUCCUUCAGAAAGCGGUCCCCACGAGAUUGGACACGUGCAAGCACUUUUGAUCCUCGGUCUGGUCAAAUUCGGACAGCAAGAAUGGACUGCCUCCUGGAUGCUCGUUGGCCAAGCUGUGCGAAUCUCUCACACACUGGGCCUUGAUCAGCCCAUUUAUCCAUCAACAUCCAGGACCUCUGACCAAGAAAAGCAACUUGGUCGAGCAAAACAUGUCUUUCUGGGUUGCUUCGUUCUGGAGAGCCUCAUUGCGGAACAAACUUCGCAGUGCCCGUCUUUACGAAGGGCAGACCUGGCGAGGGUAGGUUCUAUCAAUGAAGAUGGACUUGAAGAGUGGCACCCCUGGGAGGAUCAAACUGGUUUACGGCCUGCCCAGUCCUCGCGUGCGUCUAUGCAGCGCGGUCCACUCCACGCGUUGAGCACUUUCAAUCGUCUUGUCGGCUUAGUGUCUAUUCUCAAUGAGCUCUGCUGCUGCAAACAUGAUCCAACAAUAUCACGAUCACAAUUAGAGCAGCUUGAAUUGCAAUUACAACGCUGGGUGACAGCAUUGCCUAAGAGCUAUCGUGUUGAUCUACAAAGCCGACCUGUGAGGCUCGCCUCACCGCACAUAUUUGGACUGGAAAUGACAUACGAGAGCGUCGCCAUUGCUCUCAGCUCUCAGAUAGCUAUCCGUGAAUGCGAUCAAAGCAUGUCGGAGCCUCCCCACAAGGCUCGCGCAACGGAAGGCUCACAUCGGCUUCUGCAGCUCCUUCAAUUUUACGUGGAAACAUACAGCUUUUCCGCUACAGCACCGACAUUUGGCAUGAUGCUCCGAUUUGGCCUUCCACGGUCCAUUUCUCGAGAACUCCCGUCAGAUCUUGAUAUCGGUCUACGAAACAAAAUUCACUCGUUUUCCUCUCAUCUUUCUGUGCUGUGGACUAUGCCAGACAGACAGGCCCCGGGUCAGAACUUGGCCCAAAGAUCUCAACUUAUAGGUGCAUCUCCAAUCUCACAGCACAUGGAUACUUCCACUGGCGGCGACAUAACAAUUCCAUCAUCUCUCUCGAUCUCUUCCUCUUCCCAACAUCUUCCCCCAACCGACGGUCAUCCUCCAAGCAGUUCGCAUGCCACGGCCCCUCCUCCAGACCCAUUCCUCUCCACACCAUGGCUUCGAGCCACACAGCACAUCGAAGAUGUAUCUCUCCUACCAACGCCCUCACCUUUAACCUCCGUCGGAGGCCCAUCCGAAUUGCCCCCACAACAGGGACACAUGGGCGGUCCUGUCGGUAGCGGGCUUUCCCACCCUGCAUCCGCACCUGGAAAACCACAUCACGGCACAGGUAUGCUGGCUGAAAUUUCGCCUACAUACCAUCACACUACACAGUAUCACCCGACUGCAUAUCAAGACCCAUCACUCGGUAUGGGCUCAUUUGUUGAUAUGGAUGGAUAUGGUGCUCCAAGGAGACAACGGAUUGCACCAGAUCUCGAUGCAUUGUUCGACGAGCUGGCGUCACUAGAUGGAGCCGAGAAGGCCGACAAUCAACCGGAGUUCAUGCAAAACCUGGGUUUUGUCUCCGACGCUGGUAUUCCCGAACUAUACUCAUUCUCUGGUCAGGUUGAGCCUUUUUUGCUCGCACAAACUCAGCAGCUGCCGGGUAGCGGGACACCAUCUGGUGUGCGGCGAGAAUCGCAGUCGUUAAGCAUGUCAGGAACCCCUAAGCGAUGA